AUGGCACGGUAUUCUCAGUUCGACUUCUACCAACAAAAUCCAUCACCAUUAGAUGUCACUCAGUCAGAAGAGGAGGAGAUGAACGUGUUAGACGACAAGAUUCUCGACUCAACCUCACCCGGUCUCUCUGAUCCCCGGCGUGCCUCAUACGACACCGAGGCCGCCUACUCACAUCGGAAUUCCGUCUGGUCCAACUACUCAGCUGGCUCCGAUCAGUCUCGUCCAAACUCGCAUCUGGCUCAGGCCGUUUUGGAUUCGGGCGUUCCCUUUAUCUCCGUCGAAGGGGCCCACUAUGCGCAACCAUGGUCUCUCUCCAGGAACGCUUCCGGUUCAUGUACGCCAACCGCCUACGACCAGUAUCCUUCAGAGGCCGAGAGCACUUCUGCGCCCUUCCAGGGAGGCGCGGUAGGUCCGGUCGGAUCCAUCCCCAUGGGUGCGGUUUCAUAUCGUGGUGCCAUGGGUUUCCAGCCGACGGGUGGGGUCGCCAUGUCCCCGCAGUCUAGCCAAGGUUGGAUGCCGGCGCCUAUGGAUUUGUCCGAUGCUCUUCCAUCCAAAAGCUUAUAUCGCAACGGAUCACCGUUGACUAUCAGACGAGAUGGAAUCCGCAAGAAGAACGCUCGCUUUGAGAUCCCUGCCGAACGGACUUUGAGUAAUAUCGACCAUCUGAUCAAUCAGUCAACAAAUGACGAUGAGAUCAAAGAGCUCAAGCAGCAGAAGCGGUUACUCCGGAAUCGUCAAGCAGCAUUGGACUCACGCCAACGCAAGAAACUCCAUACUGAGAAGUUGGAGGAAGAAAAGAAGCAAUAUUCUCAUGCGAUGACCCAAAUGGAGGAGGCUGUCGCCAGGCUUCAAAAGCGAGAGGCGGAACUGAUGCGCGAACAGGCCGACUGGAUGGCCCAACAGCAACAGAUCACCCAAUACCUCGAAAGCUUGCACAUUGAGAAGGAUGAGAUGAUCCGUGUCCACACUUUGGAGACUGCCGAGCUUCGAAAGAAGAACAACAUUUUGAUGGAGACGGUUGAGAAGUUUGAGCGUGGCGUCAAACCCGGCAUGGAACCCCAUGCUGGCGAGUUCGGAUUUGAGACCAUGUCGAUGGAUGAUCAUCCAUGGGACGAAUUCUCAAUGGCAAACGGACUCUCUAUGCAAGACCAAAUGCCUGCUUCUGCUCCACCCCCAUCGCAUGCCCUCACCCAGGUCAACGAGAGAGCAGAGAAGCCCUCGAACACGGAUCAUCCAUUCAGCUGGAAUGCAUUCUACAUGUGUCUGCUCUUCGGUGCAUACAUCGCUUCAAACAACACCGUGCUACCCGGCCGGAGCCUUCCGCAGCUGUCGGAGGAGUACCGCGCCGAGUCGGCCAAUGUACUUAAAGCAGUGCUAGCCUCCUCCCCGUCGGAUGUUGCCCACCCCACCAACGCAGUAGCUGCAGCUGCUAGCGCAUUGCCCAGCGCAGCCACCAUGACCGACAUUGACAUGACCCAAAUGGGACCUGCCAUGGGUGGGCCUUCUGCUUUAGACGAACUGCACGAUACGCUGGUCAUCCCAACUGAGGAUCAAGAGCGCGCACAGGUCUUCGCUAUGAAUGUUGAUCAGUAUAAUUCACUGACAACCUUUGACGAGAACAAUGGCUUCAAACCUCAGCCACCGUCGAACCUUCAACAAGCACUGGCGGCGAUGCGCCACAACGCGGCUCAGCAUUCUCGGAUGCAUGAUGCCACUUCCAAUGUAUACACUAGGUCACUGAUGUGGGAGCAAGUUCCACAGAAGGUGAUUCACGAUUUCCGUCGUAUGGUUCAGGAGUUUGGGGCCGCCCCGGUCAAGCAGGAGAUGGGCUUCCAGUCCGUUUGA